AAAUAGCAGCCUCCCGGCCCGGCCCCGCACGACACGUUUCCCCCCCCAGCCCCGGAUAACCUCCAUGGCUCCGAGCGCUCUUUUCCUGGAACCCGGCUCUCUGCUCACGCCCAAAGAGAAGAACAAACUGAGGAAGCCGGUGGUGGAGAAGAUGCGCCGGGAUCGCAUCAACAGCAGCAUCGAGCAGCUGAAGCGUCUGCUGGAGACCGAAUUCCAGAGGCGCCAGCCCCACUCCAAGCUGGAAAAGGCAGACAUCCUGGAGAUGACCGUCAGCUACCUGAAACAGCAAAGUCACCUGCAGGUCAAAGCUGCCGGGGCCUUGCACAAGACUUCCCAGCUGGACUUCAAGGAGGGCUACUCCCGCUGCCUGCAGGAGGCUUUCCAUUUCCUCUCCCUGCACAAAGUCCAGACGGAGACCCAGACCAAACUCCUGAGCCACUUUCAGAAGACCCCCGUGCCUGCCCCCGAGGGCCUCUACCCCCUGUUUCCCCCAAACCCGCCCAAGCAGGCCGCUCUGAAGACCCCCGGUCCUCUCUGGAGACCCUGGUAGACCGGGACGCUGGCUGGACGUCUGGACGCUGUUUUCCUCUCUUUCGUUCUAAAUGUCAAAUCCAGAGGAAGGAGGGGGGGCUUCCUUGAUUCCUUCCCCCUUCCCCCUCCUCCUCUUUUCAGUAGGGAAUAUUAUUUCCCCUUGUUAUUUAUGUAGGAGAAUGGAAUACUACUAAAAUCUCAGGCUCCCGGGGGCAGGGGGAGGAGGGGCUGAGUAUUCUGUUGGUUGGUGUGAACCAAUGCAGCAUUGGGUUGGGGGUAUGCCCACGGGGUGGGGGAGGGGGGGUCUUCGUCGAAGGAGCCUUCGUGGGGCGUUGCGUGUUAUGUAUGUUACAGUGGUACGGUAAGAUUGUGCAUCUAGGCAGUUUGGAGACCUUGGCCGCAGGUGACUUGCAUUGGCUGGAAAUUGCCACCGGUUUGGUUGGAUGGGCCAGUGGAAAGGAGCAGGCCGGAGGGCAACUCGGUU